AAGAUAUUGAAAAUUGGUUGCUGGAUCUGUUUUCGAGUCAAGGUCAUAUGUUUCUCAUGAGUUGCACCACGUUACCUACGGGUUGUUGGAUGGACAUGUCGUUGUCUCACUAGUAAUAUAUCAUAGUCCUUCUUCCUACAUAAUUGAAUAUGAGCAGAUUUUCUCAGCUUGCCGGGUCUUCUGAUCUUCAAAAACAAUUCCGGGAUUUAAAAUCAACCUCGGAACUCCAGCACGGAGACGAGAACAAAUGUUCAAAUUCAAUUAAAAAAUCCAAGGGUAGGAAAGGUCGUACCACAAAUUGUUCGACACAGUCCAUUCAGUCGCAUCCCACUGAUACUGUUUUAAAAAACGAUGUCGAUAAAAUAAUUUAUGAUGGUUUGUACACUGAACCAUGUGGAUUUCGUAAUGUUAGAAAUUCGUGCUUCCUUAAUGCUUCUCUCCAACUCUUACUCAAUAUUCCAACUUUAUGUUCAACUUUAUAUAAAUCUCGCGGUAUAUGCGUUUCUUCAGGUGAAUCUUCCUUCCAUGCUUCAGGCGUCCAAGAAAAGAAAACUCCUUUGACAGAUCAACUGUUAGAAUUGAUUGAAAAACUCAAUCCACAAGUAGUUGAGCAUGACGCUAUAUUGAAUAAUACUUCGCAAUGUUGUGACGGUUAUGGUAAUAAAAAUAAUAAUACUGAUAAUACUGUCAUUCAUGCAAACAAAACAAAAGUGGGCAGCAAUUCGAAUAAUCCUGUUCCCUCGACUUAUAAAUUGUCACAGUCUAAUGGUGUACAACCAUUCAUGCUAAAACAUAUAAUUACACCGAACCCUGUGUUUGGAAAUCUACUUCAUAUGAAUACAGGUUUUCAAGAAGAUGCCGCUGAAUGCUUGACUUACUUGCUUACACAAUUACAUGAAGAAAUGGGUUGUAUAGCGGUAGCUAAGAGUACGGAUGUACAUCUUUUGAAUGAUACAGAUCAAAGUCAAAACGAUUCAGAAUGGAUGGUUACUGGUCGAGCUGGAAAACACUAUCCAGAAGCUAGAAAAAUCGAACUUGAUGGUGGUCAAAGUCCUAUUGCUUCAUUAUUUUGUGGUACACUUGUAACUCGUUCUAAUCUAGGCAAAUCAAAUAGUAGUUACAAUGUUCAUAAUUAUUCAACUGUAAAUAAUCAUGCCAAAAAAUCUGCUAUCAAAGAACCUUUUUUCAUGCUUCAUGUACCUAUAGACAAUCCUCUAGUUAAUUCCGUUGAAUCAGCUUUACGAUAUUUAGCUGAACUUGAAGAAAUAACAGAUUAUCAUAAUUCUGAUUCUCAAAUAUCUUUGGUACGUCGUCGAUCAAUGAUAGAUCGUCUUCCACCAUACUUAAUUAUACAAUUGAAACGAUUUUAUAAUGAAUCUAAGAUGAAAAGUGUACAAAAUAUCAAUACAUCUGUAAAUAAAGUUAACUCUACUACAUCACAAACAUUUCCUGUAAUUAUUCGUAAACAUUUGAAAUCAGUUAAUAUUCUGUCUAAACUUGUUAUACCGAAAGAACUUUUGAACCAAGAAACACAUUUCAGUAAUUCACAGCGUAAUUAUCGUCUUCAAGCUGUUAUAUUUCAUGUUGGUGAAACAGUUGAAUCAGGUCAUUACACAAUUGCUGUGCGCAUAACUAAUCCCUUAGAAAAAUCAAACAGCAACUCUUCCACAUUUAUCUAUUUUGAUGAUGAUCGUGCUUGUGUAUUAAAUAACGCUGAAAGUAUAAAUCUCCUACUAACCACACAUCGUCCAUUAGAUACAAGGAAUUGUACAUUCCUUCAUUUGAAAAAACCACAAACAUUUCAAUCUAAUCCUGAACAUGUGACAACAUCACCAUCAUCAUCUAACCAACAUCACAGUGCACUAAACGUUUCUAUCAAUCAUCCACGCACACCGUAUAUUCUUCUCUAUGAAUCACAAAUAGGAAUUCAUCCGGACACAUGAUGAUGAUGUGUACAUGUCACUGAAUAAUUUUCUGUGUGUAUGUGUAUUUUGGCAUUUCGAUUAUUGUUUUCCCUUCUUUUUCUAUUGUUUGAUUGCGUGAUUUGUUUUUUUAAGCGAAACUCUAAAUUAUUUUUUUCCUAUGGAAAGCAUUUGUAGACAAAGUUUUAUUUUUCUUACCAUAGUUUUUGUCGAUAACUAGUUUUCUGUGUGUGACAAGAUUUGAAAGGAGGCUGCGUGGGGGCCGUUAGCAAAAAGAAACCAUUACGUAACCGCAUUCCAUUUGUAAUUAAAUGAGUACAUUAUUUAAUAGUACGUAUAGAAGUUUGAUAUAGUGAGCCAAUCAGAAGUCAUCAAAUGAUGAGUGCACAUGAUUGUCCAAGAAAUAGCUUUCGUUUUCAAUGGAUAAGAUAUAAACCACUGAUAGACUUGAUUACCUAAGAGACAGAUGUAUGUAUGUGCAAAUGAGUACACAUACAUGUUGUUCGGUUCAACCAAAUAAACUUUUUAUCACUAUCCAUCUUUCCUCUUGCGUAACCGGGCUUAUGUGUAGAAAGUGUAUCAGCAUUAAUGCUCAGUCAGCGCGUGUCAUAGAAAAUUCAUUCUACUGUUGUUAACAACAGUAUUCUUCUGGUAAGGGGCUGUAAUUUCCCGUUGUUGAUGUUCAGGACUGUAAUUGAUCAAUCUCUUGCCAUAUGUGCGUCCUGAGCAAAUUGCCUUGCUAUGUUGUUGUGUCACAAGUUUUAGUUUAAUUGGUACGUGGCUAGUUUGAGAAUCCUGGAUAAUGGUUUUACUUGGGUCUCAGCGACUGGACGUCCUAGUGUCCUUUUAUUUGUUAUUUGAAUAGUCCUGAUGCUGCCAAGUGAGUCUCAGCAAAAUAUUAUUCACUUCCACAUACUGUUGAUUUAUUUUUUCUGACUUUGUUUGCAUAAGGAAUUUAUCCACUGUUAUGAAGUGCGUCAGGUACUGUUAUCAGAGCGAUUAUCACUUCCUAUCGGCCCACAUUAUGGGACCUAAAAAAACAAACUAGAUUGCGGGUAUUCUUGGUGAACUGGUAAUGUAACUACUGUUUGAGGUCGGUCAAGCACAACAUAUUUGUGGGUAGUUCUAAGUGUGCUAGUUCCGUACUUAUAAUGCCUUGCCGUCGACGACGGAAAUCCUUUUUGGCAAGGUUUGGCGUGUUGUUUUUAGUGCCUUUCUAGUUCUUUCCCGUUGUGGGUAGACAGUAUCUCUGUAAAUGUUGGCUAUUUGAAAGAUAAACCUUUCUACCCUCACAAUACGAUGUACUUAUCAGUACAACUCGACUCGCGAGCUACAAGUUUGUUAUGCUUAGUGUCACUGCUCUUCAACCAACCUGCUUUGUUUGGUAGUUUCUAAAGGAAUGUCUCAACCAGUAUAGAUGGACUGGGUCAUUACGAACUUCAAACCCAACUACCACGUCAAGAUAACUGCUAUGGUUGGGAAGUGUUAUUGAUGUUGAUCACCAGUUUUCUGUUAUGAUGGCAGUGCCUCAAGAGAGUGAAUUAACGUGAUGGAUAUCAAAAAUGUGGAAUUUUCGGUUAUAUCAACAAUGCAGACCGUUGCUGCUACCUUUACGUGGCGGUCGGGCUUGCCUAUCGUGAUGAAGCAAUCGAGCUAUGCUGGCUGGAACAAUCGUUCCUCGA